AUGACCGCAGAAAAACCUCUCCUCGUCAUCCUAGGUGCCACCGGCAACCAAGGUGGCUCAAUCAUUACCUUUUAUCUCUCCCAGCCCACCUCACCUUACAGAUUGCGCGGCGUAACCCGUAACCCUUCAUCCCCCAAAUCCCUUUCCCUCAUCUCGCAUGGCGUCGAAAUGGUCGCCGGCGACUUCGACGACUAUUCAUCUCUCGAAACCGCAUUCCAGGAUGCAACAGUCAUCUUCAGCGUGACUGACUUUUGGCAAUCUUUCAUGAACCCAGACUUACGCGAAAGGGCUGCUGAAACAGGCGAAAAGAUUGGUAUAUUAGCUCGAGACCGAGAAGCGCAACAAAACAGAAAUAUUAUCGAUGCAGCUGCCAAGAUUGAGACAUUGAAAAGAUUUGUCUACUCUAGUUUACCGAAUACGUCCAAGCUGAGCGGAGGGAAAUAUUCUCAUGUAUACCAUUUUGAUGGAAAAGGGAUUGCGGAGGAGUACGGGAGAAAUACGUAUCCAGAUUUGUGGGCGAAGACAAAUGUGUUGUAUGCGGGUUAUUACUUGGAGAAUUAUUUCGAUGCCGCGGGGGGGUUGUUUCGGCCUAAAUUGAGCAAAGAUAAAAAUACAUUAGUUCUAUCUGCAGCUGCACCCCUAGCCACUGCAGCUCUACCUAUGUACUCAUCCCUCGACGACACAGGCCCCCUCGUCGACGCACUCCUUCGCACUUCAGCCGGACACAAAGUCAUCGGAGUCAACAAGUGGCUCAGUCUCCGCGAAUUCACCACAACUCUAGCUCAAGUCCUUGGUAUCAAGAAUGUCGAGUUUAUUGACAAAAACCCCGACAUGAGCCGACUAGGAGAUCCAGAUUUCGUGGAAGAUGCUAUUGAUAUGAUUGGAUGGUAUGUUGAUUUUGGGUUUGAUGGAGGGAAGGUUGAUAAGAGUGUCGAGCAGCCAAGUGAGUUGGGGGUGGAGGUUGGGCUGAGGUCGGUGGAGGAGUGGUGCAUGAAGCAGAACUGGAAAGAGGUUUUGGAGGUUGUUGGAUGA